AUGACAGGUGUUGUAACAAAGGUGUAUGGUUACACGAAAGGUGGUGUAACAGAUGCGUAUUGUAACAUGACAGGCGUUGUAACAAAGGUGUAUGGUUACACGAAAGGUGGUGUAGCAAAGGCGUAUUGUAACAUGACAGGUGUUGUAACAAAGGCGUAUGGUAACACGAAAGGUGCUGUAACAGAGGCGUAUUGUAACAUGACAGGUGUUGUAACAAAGGUGUAUGGUUAUACGAAAGGUGGUGUAAAAAAGGCGUAUGGUAACACGAAAGGUGGUGUAACAGAGGUGUAUGGUAACACGCAAGGUGGUGUAACAGAGGUGUAUGGUAACACGAAAGGUGGUGUAACAAAGGCGUAUGGUAACAAAAAAGGUGGUGUAGAAAAGGUGUAUGGUAACACGAAAGGUGGUGUAGCAAAGGGGUAUGGUAACACAAAAGGUGGUGUAGCAAAAGUGUAUGGUAACACGAAAGGUGGUGUAGCAAAGGGGUAUGGGAACACGAAAGGUGGUGUAACAAAGGCGUAUGGUAGCACAAAAUGUGGUGUAGCAAAGGCGUAUGGUAACACGAAAGGUGGUGUAACAAAGGCGUAUGGUAACACAAAAGGUGGUGUAACAAAGGCGUAUGGUAACACGAAAGGUGGUGUAACAAAGGGGUAUGGUAACACGAAAGGUGGUGUAACAAAGGGAUAUGGUAACACGAAAGGUGGUGUAACAGAGGCGUAUGGUAACACGAAAGGUGGUGUAACAGAGGGGUAUGGUAACACACAAGGUGGUGUAACAGAGGGGUAUGGUAACACGCAAGGUGGUGUAACAGAGGGGUAUGGUAACACGCAAGGUGGUGUAACAGAGGCGUAUGGUAACACGAAAGGUGGUGUAACAGAGGCGUAUGGUAACACGAAAGGUGGUGUAACAGAGGCGUAUGGUAACACGAAAGGAGGUGUAACAAAGACGUAUGGUGAUGUAACAGAGGCGUAUGGUAACACGAAAGGUGGUGUAACAGAGGCGUAUGGUAACACGAAAGGUGGUGUAACAGAGGCGUAUGGUAACACGCAAUGUGGUGUAACAGAGGCGUAUGGUAACCCGAAAGGUGUCGUAACAGAAGCGUAUGGUAACACGAAAGGUGGUGUAACAGAGGCGUAUGGUAACACGAAAGGUGGUGUAACUGAAGUGUAUGGUAACACGAAAGGUGGUGUAACAGAGGCGUAUGGUAACACGAAAGGUGGUGUAACAAAGGCGUAUGGUAAGACGUAA